AUGGCAAGCCAAUCUCCCAAUCUGUACAGCUUUUCCAAUUCGGAUGCGCUUGCGCAACAGUUGAGGACAUACGUCCUGAAGAAUCAAAACGCCGCCCUCGCCCGGCAUAACACUUUCCGAGUCGCAGUCUCCGGUGGCUCCCUGCCCACUGUUCUAGCCAAGGCUCUCCUUGCGCAAGGCAACGGAACCCCCGAAGACACCGCGCAGUUCUCCAAGUGGGAUAUCUUCUUUGCCGACGAGCGCGCCGUGCCCCUCGAUCACCAAGACAGCAACUACAAAUUACUGAAGGAUGAAUUGCUGAGCAAGAUCCCCACAGAACUGGGUGAGCCCCGUGUGCACACCAUCGAUCCCCACCACGUGAACGACAAGGACCCCCAGGAGCUCGCAGACUUGUAUCAGGAGGAACUGAUGCGCAUUUUCGCGGCCAAGGACAGCGUCAAAUUGCCCGUGUUCGAUUUGAUCCUUCUGGGCUGUGGUCCCGAUGGUCACACCUGCAGCCUGUUCCCCGGUCAUGAGCUCCUUAGGGAGAAGGACGCUUGGGUCGCGGCCAUUAGCGACUCGCCGAAGCCCCCACCAAAGCGUAUCACCCUCACCCUGCCCGUGGUCACUCACGCUGUUAGCAUCGCAUUUGUGGCUACCGGUGGUGGAAAGAAGGACAUCAUGAAGCAAAUUUUCGAUGCUGAGGAGGGAAGGGAGCUCCCUUCUUCUCUUGUCAACCAAGGUGCUGGUGAGAAGGUCAGCUGGUUCACUGACCACCCUGCUGUGGAGGAGAUGAGAGCUGUUCAUCGCACGCCGUUUCCCCAGCUGAUGACAGUAUCGACCAGCACAAAGGCAGCGGCGGGCGGUGCGCCCUCGAAUCCUGCGACCAGUAACGAAAAUGUCUCGACUCGAAGCAAAAGCUUGUUGCCAGUCCGCGAUGACAGCCGGUCGGCGAGUCCAUUGCGACCUCAGCCGCAACAGGAUGGCCGGAUUUCGCAGCGAGCGAGCAAGCCCGAACAAGACAAGCUAUCCGCUACACCCACUCUUGCGAGUCGUCGUCGAAGUCUGAUUAAACCGACUCCACUGAAGACCACUCCUUCUCCUGCGAAGCCUACUGCUGUGUCUACAACACCGAGACGAACUAGUUUUGCGCCUCCCCCACCCUCUCCAGCCAAGCAAAAUGGGCGUCCAACAUCGCCGAAGAAGACAGAAAUGCCUCCCCCGCCUCGGCCGUCGAGGUCGGCUUCUUUGCGACAGCCAGCAAGUUCGAGUUCGGGGCCUCCUACACCAAGAGGCCAUACGCGACACCGCAGUCAAGUGAUCCCUCCCGCUUCUAGUCAAGUCUCUAGGAAGACAGAUCCGCCAUCGGCACCCAGUACACCACGUUCCAGGACCCAAUUUUCGACCUACCAGCAACAACCCUCACCCAAGAAACUCGCCAAGCCUUCCAUCGCUGCCCCAUCAGCUAGUGCAUCUAUGGAGCUAGACCCCUCCUUGAUACCCUCCUCCUCGCCAGAAGUUGCCGUGUUACAAACCGAACUCUUACAGCUGAGCCUUCUGCAUCUGUCUUCACUGCGGGAGGACGCCGAAUGGAAAGCCAACGCAGAGAAACAACUACGGAUCAAGUACGAUACGGUCGCAGAAAAGUAUCGCUGCGUUGUGAAAGAGGAAAAGGAAUAUCAGCAGCGACUUAAUGGACAAGCGUUGCACUGCUGGCUCAAGAACACCAUUGAACAUAACGGCCACCAAGGGUUUGGAGUACAAAUCCGAGUCCUUUCAGAGGUUGCGCAAGAAGUCUGCGAUUUGUCCGAUAUUUCAGGAGGGAGAUUUACGUUGGCCGUGCAGGAAUUUGAAUCCUGGUUCCGAAAGGUUGAGGAGAUAAAGACCUGUCGACAUUACCAGGGAGGAUCGGACCUUGAUGUUUUUAUCGACCCUCUCGAUCGCGUCUGGAAGGAAGAAGCGCACGCUGUGACUAUGAAACUUGAAUUAUGCUCGAGACAACUGCAGAGUCUGGAUAUAAUGGGCUAUGGGGAGGUAGAACAGUUGGAAGGCUCCAGCCUUUAUCGAAUCGCAAAGGGACUAGAUGAUAUGGUGAAUUCGAUGACCGAGGAGUUGAACACCAUCCGUAAGAUUGAAGUGGACGUCGUAAGAUCGGAAAGACAGUGGGUUAGUCAGCUCAGCCAGCAGGUGGCCUCCACGAGACCGCUGGAGAAGAGGAUUCCCCGAGUUGGAAUGUGGAGAUCAUAG